AUGGGGCAAAGUAGUUCUACACCUGGAUUUAAUUUAUAGCAAUAUUAAUAUUUAAAUUAGAUAAUAGAUCCCAGAUUUGGAAACAUCAAGUUAUAUUAAAAGAAUGAGACUGGAGAAACAAUUUGCAUAAUUGAAAAAAAUUUCAUUUAGAUCAACAAUCCUAUAAAAAAUCUAGAUCAUCCUAACAUUUUAAAAGUCCAUUACUAUAAGGCUGAUAUAUGUAAAGUAAGUAUUUUAUAUAAUACUUUAGAAUAUUUGUUCAUCCUUUACAAAAUUACAACUUAUUUAAGAAUAUGUAAGUAAUGAGUUAAGAUCUAACAUUAAAAAUAGAGCUAACAAAUAGUAAUAUUUUGAAGAGAAAUAAUUAUGGGGUUUGCUAUCUAUGUGUUUAAAAGCAUUAAUGUAUUUUAAAUCAUUUUAAAUAUAUCCAAUGGACUUAAAAAAUAUACUCCUUUCUAAUUAAGGGACCAUUAAAUUUUAAUCUUAUUAUGAUAUUUCUAAUAGUCAAUACAUGCAAUUAUUGAAUUAGAUAACAGAAGAUAUUCACAUAUCACCUGAGGAAUUAGAAUGCUUAAAAUUAAAAGAACAAGUAUUAAACUUAGAUUUUGAGAAAUGUGAAAUAUUUUAAUUGGGAUUAACGGCAUUAUGGUCUGCAACUCUGGCUGAUACUAAUUCAUUAUUUAGUUAUGAUACUCUCAAUGUAAUAUUUCACAAUAUAAUUUCAGUAUAGUGAAUAUGAGAUGAAACAACGAAUAGAAGAAUUAAAUUAUAGUUAAUAAUUUAAAAACAUCUUAUUAAAAAUGCUAAAAAGAUUUCCUCAAGACAGAGGAUCAUUUAAUGAACUUCUCUAAGUAGUAUCUUAUCAUGAAUGUAAUGAGAAUCUAUUAGAAAUCAAACCAUUAAAUUAAAUAGAUUAAAGCAUAUAAUAAAUAUCUAGAAUAAAAUAAUAAUAUAGUUCAAGAUCACUAUUAUCUGACAAUAAUAUUAUAAAAAAUUAAAAUGAAGAUUGUUAAAUCUCGAGGAUUUCAAAUUAAUCUAACUUUUAAUUAUAAUAAAAUGAAACCAGCAAAAUAUCUUUGGAUAAUAAAUUUAAUAUUUCUGAAUCUUAAAAUUCACUCAAACCAGAUAUACAUCCAAUGAAUAAAUAUAGAAAUAAACCUAGCUUUUCAUAAAAUAAAUAAUAAUUAGAUACAUAGAAUAUAUAUUUAUAAAUAGGUACUCCUAACCAUUCUCCAGAAUCAAAAAAUACAUCCAAAAUAUCUUUAUCAACAAAACAUCAAUUUUCUCAAGCUCCAAAACCAACAAGUUUAUUAGCAAAUCCUCUUAAAUCAAAUUAAUAACCAUAGUAAUAAUAUAAAAAUACAAAUCUAAAACCAUCUAAAGCUGAAAAACCAUAAAGUCAUCAUUAACUUUAUGAUACAUCUUAUUUCUCAUAAUUAUCAUUAAUGAGUAAUAGGAGUAUUCUAGAAAAUAAAGUUGAAGAUGCAAUACUAAAAAGUAAAAUAGCUUUAGAAAAAUUUGAUUAAACAAUUAAGUAAACAAAAUAAUUUAGAAAUUGA